UCUUUUUCAGCCAAUCACCUUUGCGUAUUUGGAAUCGGUUGGUCCUUCGGUAGAGAAGCGCUGCCGUUAUUCAUGUUCCGGGGUUGUGUUGUCUGCAUAGCGUUUCCUGCCCUGGUGCAUGGUGGUCGAACGAAGGGAUUGUUGGAAAAUUUUCGGAGUGUGUACAGGUAGAUCAUGCUCUUUGCCCAGGUGAAUCGAGACACCCAGGGCAUGGAGUUUCAAAGUGUGGAUGGGGACCCGCAGCAGGUCACCCUUUGCUUGACGGAGGCAGUAACAGUUGGAGAUGAUAACAUGGAUGGGAUGGACACUGUGAGUUUGCAGGCAGUGACUCUGGUGGAUGGCUCCACAGCAUACAUUCAACAUAGUCCUAAAGUUUCUCUUUCAGAAAGCAAGAUAUUGGAAGGACAAGUGAUCCAGUUGGAAGAUGGAUCUUCUGCAUAUGUCCAGCAUUUACCAAUGUCUAAAACAGGUGGAGAAGGAUUACGACUGGAGGACGGACAGGCUGUGCAACUGGAGGAUGGAACAACGGCCUACAUUCAUGCACCUAAAGAAACAUAUGAUCAGGGUGGUUUACAGGCUGUUCAGUUGGAGGACGGCACCACUGCAUAUAUACAGCAUAUGCCACAAUCCAACACCAUCUUGGCCAUACAGGCGGAUGGCACUGUAUCAGAUUUGCAGACAGAGGGUACUAUUGAUGCUGAGACCAUCAGUGUGCUGGAGCAGUACUCUUCCAAGAUGGAGGGUACAGAAUGUGGCACAGGACUACUUGGUCGUGGAGACUCAGAUGGUAGUGUUCAUAUGCAGAUUGUACUGCAGGGUCAGGACGGCAGAUCACCUAGAAUUCAGCACGUUGGGGAAAAGGCCUUCCGCUGUGAACAUGAGGGAUGUGGAAAACUCUAUACUACUGCUCAUCAUUUAAAAGUACACGAAAGAUCGCAUACUGGGGACAAGCCAUACAUUUGUGACCAAAUAGGAUGUGGAAAGAAAUUUGCAACAGGAUACGGCCUCAAGAGUCAUGUCCGGACACACACCGGAGAGAAACCGUAUCGGUGCCAGGAACUCAACUGCCUUAAGUGUUUCAAAACAUCUGGAGACCUACAAAAACACACACGAACACAUACAGGUGAAAAACCAUUUAAAUGUCCGUUUGAAGGUUGUGGGAGAUCUUUCACCACAUCCAACAUUCGCAAAGUUCACAUCCGUACUCACACAGGCGAGAGGCCGUAUUACUGCUCUGAGCCCAACUGCGGAAGGGCCUUUGCAAGUGCCACAAACUACAAAAACCACAUGAGGAUACACACAGGAGAGAAGCCUUAUGUUUGCACUGUGCCUGGUUGUGACAAGCGCUUUACUGAAUACUCCAGCCUUUACAAGCAUCAUGUGGUUCAUACACCCUGCAAACCCUACAACUGUAAUCACUGUGGAAAGACGUACAAGCAGAUUUCUACCCUGGCCAUGCAUAAACGCACGGCGCACAAUGACACUGAGCCCAUAGAGGAAGAACAAGAAGGUUAUUUUGAGCCUCCUGCAGAGGCCAUUGAUGAGCCUGGGUUAAUGUAUACACCUUCAGUUGUGGAGGAUGACUCUGGGUCCGAGCAGGUAUCGGGUGGGUCAGAGGUCAUGGGACAACAGCACGUGGCUCUCAUAUCUCAGGAUGGCACACAACGGGUUCUUUCUCAAGCAGAUAUGCAGGCUAUGGGAGGCACGAUAACCAUGGUAACACAAGAGGGAACGACCAUAACCAUCCCAGCACAUGAAGCAAUGCUUUCCUCAGGAGGGGCACAUUCUGUUACCAUGGUUUCUGCAGAUGGCACAGAGGGACAGGUGGCUAUUGUGACACCAGACUUGUCUGAGUACCAGACAGAAGACGGGGAGCUUGUCCAGGAUCAGGAACAGCACAUAGUUUCCACAAGUCCACACCCAGUCACACUGCUGGCUACCUCUAAUGGCACACACAUUGCUGUGCAGCUCAGUGAUCAACCCUCCCUAGAAGAAGCCAUCAGAAUAGCAUCAAGAAUACAGCAAGGAGAGACCCCGGGAAUGGACGAUUAACUCUUGCUUUAUAAUUUAUUGCCACAAUGAACUAAACUCCUCAAGAGUGUGUCUGAGUGUGAGUGUGUGCGCAUGUGUAUUAAAAACAUGUCAUGCGUCAUAGUUUUUAAUACUGACAUCAUGAUUGUUAUAUAUCAAGAGGACUUAAAAUAUUUUUGUGUGGAUAUGUACAUAGCUGUUUUAAAACUAGAGUUUUUCUGUAUAUAUUUGAUUAUGCUAUUUUUUGCAAUCUGCCAAGAAGAAAUACGCAAUUAUGAUUAAAAAAACGAAUGGAA